UACGGGAAACCCUAGCUGGGUAAAUUUUAUGCUAAAUCUUAUUCCAUAGUUCCGGUUUCAGCCUCAUUAACCAAAACCCUUCACCCAGAAUCAACGCCGUCACUCCACUCUCAAUCUCACUUUCAAUGGCCGACUUAGCUGAUCAAGCAGCGAAAUCUGUCUCCGAUUUAUCAAUGGAUUCUUCAUCUGAAACUAUGAGCAAGAAUGCACGCAAGAAGGAGUUAAAGAUUAAGCAGAAGGAAGAGGAAAGACGGCGAAAGGAAGAAGAAAAGGCUAAGCAGGCUGCUGCAGCACCUAGCACCCAGACUAAGAAAUCUGCAACAGCUGAUGAUGAAGACAUGGAUCCAACGCAAUACUUUGAAAACAGGCUCAAGUAUCUUGCAUCUCAAAAGACAGAAGGUCAUAAUCCUUAUCCUCAUAAAUUCUUUGUAUCUAUGUCUAUCCUUGAAUACAUAGAGAAUUAUGGAAGCUUAAGCAAUGGGGAGCAUCGAGAGGAUGUUACUGUAUCUUUAGCUGGCCGAAUUAUGAGCAAACGAUCGUCUUCCUCAAAACUUUUCUUUUAUGAUUUACACGGUGGGGGUGCUAAGGUCCAAGUCAUGGCUGAUGCCAGCAAGUCAGACAUGGAUGAGGCUGAAUUUUCUAAGUUCCAUUCAACUGUUAAGCGUGGUGAUAUUGUUGGUGUCUCUGGUUUUCCAGGAAAAACUAAAAGAGGGGAGUUAAGUAUUUUCCCAAAAUCGUUCAUGGUCUUAUCCCAUUGUCUUCAUAUGAUGCCAAGGCAGAAAGCUGCGACUGGUUCAGAGAAUACAAAUUUGAAGAAAACUGAUGCAUGGGUCCCCGGAAGUACCAGGAAUCCUGAGACAUACAUAUUGAAAGAUCAGGAAACUCGAUAUCGCCAACGUUAUCUGGAUUUGAUGUUGAAUUCUGAGGUUCGACAAAUAUUUAAGACCAGGUCUAAGAUCAUUUCAUAUAUUAGAAGGUUUCUUGACAAUCUAGAUUUCUUGGAGGUUGAAACUCCAAUGAUGAACAUGAUUGCUGGUGGAGCAGCUGCCCGUCCUUUUGUGACCCAUCACAAUGAUCUUAAUAUGAAGCUUUUCAUGCGAAUUGCUCCUGAACUUUAUCUCAAGGAGCUAGUUGUUGGUGGACUUGAUCGUGUAUAUGAGAUAGGGAAACAAUUUAGGAAUGAGGGAAUCGAUUUAACACACAAUCCUGAAUUCACUACCUGCGAAUUUUAUAUGGCUUUUGCAGACUAUAAUGAUCUGAUGGAAUUAACUGAGAAGAUGUUGAGUGGAAUGGUCAAGGAACUUACUGGUGGAUAUAAAAUUAAGUAUCAUGCAAAUGGACUUGAUGCAGAUCCAAUUGAGAUUGACUUUACUCCCCCCUUUAGAAGGAUUGACAUGAUUGAGGAGUUAGAGAGGAUGGCCAAUCUUAAUAUUCCAAAGGACCUUGCUAGUGAUGAAGCAAAUAAAUAUUUGAAGGAUGCUUGCGUAAGAUAUGAAAUCAAAUGUGCACCUCCUGAGACAACAACUCGAUUAUUGGACAAGCUUGUGGGGCACUUCUUGGAAGAGACUUGUGUGAACCCAACUUUCAUCAUCAACCAUCCAGAAAUAAUGAGUCCUCUGGCAAAAUGGCACAGAUCAAAACCAGGCUUGACUGAACGUUUUGAGUUAUUCAUCAAUAAGCAUGAACUUUGCAAUGCAUACACUGAGUUGAAUGAUCCUGUCGUACAGAGACAGAGGUUUGCUGAACAACUGAAGGACCGGGCAUCAGGUGAUGAUGAAGCUAUGGCCUUGGAUGAGACAUUUUGUACUGCUCUUGAGUAUGGCUUACCUCCAACUGGUGGCUGGGGAUUGGGUAUUGACCGGCUCUCUAUGUUAUUUUCUGAUUCCCAGAAUAUCAAGGAAGUUCUACUUUUCCCUGCCAUGAAACCACAAGACGAAGCUCCGAUCAAAGUUACAGCGGCCUAGGAAAUUUUCUAGACUGCUCAUUUAAGCUUGGCCAUAACUUUUGACAGUACUAUAGCAUCACAUUCCAAUUUUGCUGGGGAAGAGAGGCAGUGUUUUUGACUUGUGGGGUUAUUAUGAUAUAUUAUUUGAUGAAACAAUUGUCUUACCACAUACGGCAGUGAUAGUUGUAAUAUUUUUCAUUUGAUUUGAAUUACAUUAUUAAUUUGUGAAGAGAUUUAAUCGUCA